CUUUUCCCCCAGAUCCGCCAUUUCAGUCCCGGAGAUUCUUGUUGCACAUUAUUCUGGGAUUCCGGCGUCAUUUAAUGACCAAAAACACUUGUCUAUGAAUGUUUGACUGGGCUACGACAACAUAUAAACCCUCGGCGCCUCGACGUUGUUCGUGAAAAACCGCCUCAAGCCGAUAUAUUACACUUUUUUUUAAUUAUAUAUUCGGGGGUUGGAAAGUCACCGACCCAAAGUUUUUGUAUGAGUUGCGGCUAAGGAGAGGCCUCAAGCCUCGGGCGGGAAUCGUUCAGCCAUGGCGGGUCAUUUUGACGCCGAGGACCGGGGGAGUUGGUUCUGGGGGAGGCUCCGCCGCCAGGAAGCCGUGUCUCUCCUACAAGGGCAGCGGCAUGGCGUGUUCCUGGUGAGGGACUCGAUCACCAGCCAUGGGGACUACGUGCUGUCCGUGUCGGAGAACUCCAAAGUGUCCCAUUACAUCAUCAACAGCAUCGCUAAUAAUAAUCGACUCUCCAACUCAGGUUUGGCUUCUCCACGGUUUCGGAUCGGGGAUCAGGAGUUUGACGCCCUGCCGUCCCUGCUGGAGUUUUACAAGAUCCACUACCUGGACACCACCACCCUCAUAGAACCCAUCAGCAAAUGUAAGAACUCUGCAUUCGUCAGUGCCUCCCCCGCCGGCGCACCUCAGCAGCCCGAGGAGGCGGAGUUUGUCCGGGCGCUCUUUGACUUCUUGGGCAACGACGACGAGGACCUGCCCUUCCGCAAGGGCGACAUCCUGCGCGUGCUGGAAAAGCCAGAGGAGCAGUGGUGGAACGCCGCCAACCAGGAGGGCCGCGCCGGGAUGAUUCCCGUACCCUACGUGGAGAAGUACCGGCCCGCCUCGCCCACCGCCGCUGCCCUGUGUGCCUCUUUUGUAGGGAUGGGACAAGGGGUUGUCGCUGCGGUGGUUAGCGCGGACGAAACGGGGGCCUCGCCAGGCAACGCUCUGGGUGACCCGGGCCAGUACGCCCAGCCCGUGGUCAGCACCCAGCUUCCCAACCUACAGAACGGGCCCGUUUACGCCCGGGCCGUACAGAAAAGAGUGCCCAACGCCUACGACAAGACGGCGCUCGCUCUGGAGGUGGGCGACAUGGUGAAAGUGACCAAGAUCAACGUGAACGGCCAGUGGGAGGGCGAGUGCAAGGGCAAGCGAGGCCACUUCCCCUUCACUCACGUCCGACUGUUGGAACAGCACCACCCCGACGACGAGAGCUGAGAGACGCUUUCACGAGUCGCGGUGGGUUCGGUGGAGAAAGAGCAAAACAGGAAUCUCCGGAAGCACACACAACUACAAAGCAAAUCUACAAGCUAAACUUGUCCUGGACCCCCUGGGGGCCGAGGCAAAGGCAUGUCGAAAGAGUUUAAAUUACAUUUUAUGAUGGACGCCGGACUUGAGCUACUCCAGAAGAGAAAUCAGGAAAAUAUUCAGUCAGUCAAACCCAAAUAAGACAAUAACAUUACUUUUUGUACGUGUUUUUAUUGAUAAGGUAUAUAAUGACUUUUUUCCCUUUGGUUUUUCAGGUUUUUAGUUAGUUUUUUUUUUUUUUUAAUCCCGCGACAUUAAUCCAAAAGUACUGUAGGGAAGGGAUUCAUAUAGCUCCAUUCCUGGGGGAGGGGGGGGUAUUCAUUUUGCAAUGAAGUCUGCUGAAAAUGAUGGAAAGCGCCACUUUACCUAGCAACGGAUGCUGUGGUCAAAGUUGGAAUUGCCACAGAACACGUUUUAAGAUAUUAAACACCCCACUGCCAUCUGGCGGUUGAAGUGGAUAGUUCGUCACGUUUCAUGUGUCAGGUAAACCGCGACGACUGGGGCCGUAUGAAUCCCCUUGCUACUGUAAAUGUUUACACCUUUGGCUUAAAGAUGGGCACAAUAGUUGAUUAAUUGGUCGGAAAGAAUUCCGUUAAUUGUGUGGAAAUGAUUGAUAAGGCAGUUGGAAUGGAGUGCACUGCCUGGCUUUAACCAGCAGGGGCACCAUGGAGCCACCUAAACAGCCUCUCCUUUGGAAAAAUGUUGACUCUUUGCGUCAUAAUGUUUGAAAGUGCAACGUCAACGGACCGCAACCUUGGCGUCUCGAACAUUUUACAAGAAAUUGGUGACUUUCCUUCCAGUUCAAAUGCUAGUUUACGAGUCUGAUGAGCCCAUAUUUGAAGGGCCACACUACAAAAACUAUUUUGGUCCCCCGUGCCAUACUCAUCGUAUUAAAUUGUUGAAACAAACAGCAUUUUUUAAAUUAUUAUUAAGUGUUCGGCCGGACUGCUACUGCAUUAAGACAACAUCUUUUCGACUUGUCCUAAGAGUAGCUAACUUCUUAUGAACUGAAGUCACGGUCUGACCACAACAAAAGUAAAGGUUCUGCUUCGCAAAUGGUUUCAAAACGUCGACAAGUUGGAUUCUGUGUGUAAUGCAGCUGGAACGGGUUUGUCAGCAUGUCUAGCAUUGCUUGCAGUGAAACAUUUGCAUAAGACUACAACUGACUAGCCAGGCUGUGUUGCUUUAAAAUCUUUUCAUUUUUAUUUCAGUGAACGUUGAGCCAAAUUUAUCCCAUCGCACCUUUUUUAAAGGGGAACAUUAUCACCAGACCUAUGUAAGCGUCAAUAUAUACCUUGAUGUUGCAGAAAACAGACCAUAUAUUUUUUUAACCGAUUUCCGAACUCUAAAUGGGUGAAUUUUGGCGAAUUAAACGCCUUUCUAAUAUUCGCUCUCGGAGCGAUGACGUCACAUUGUGACGUCGCAUCGGGAAGCAAUCCGCCAUUUUCUCAAACACCGAGUCAAAUCAGCUCUGUUAUUUUCCGUUUUUUCGACUGUUUUCCGUACCUUGGAGACAUCAAUCAAUCAAUCAAUCAAUCAAUGUUUAUUUAUAUAGCCCUAAAUCACAAGUGUCUCAAAGGGCUGCACAAGCCACAACGACAUCCUCGGUACAAAGCCCACAUACGGGCAAGGAAAAACUCACCCCAGUGGGACGUCGAUGUGAAUGACUAUGAGAAACCUUGGAGAGGACCGCAUA